GAAUAGUGUUAUCGUUAGCUUAUUUUAGCCUCAUUAAAGCUUAAAAAAACCAAAACGCGCAUUACUAAUUAAUCACUAAACCCUAAUCAACGAACAAACCAAGAAGAUAUGAAUCGGGUAAUACUGAGGUCGGCCUUGACCGGUGGCCGGAGGUACUUCGUUACAACGGCGACGGGGUCAACUGUCGGCGUUGGUGGAUUGGUGAAGCCGAUGGAGGCGUUGAGGAGUUCGCAGCUGACAAGUCAAAACGGUGCGUAUUGUUACUGGAGGAGGAUGAUGAGUACAGGAACGGAGAAGGCGGUGGCGCCGCAAAUGGAGGUGAAGCAAGAGGUUGACGGCAAGUCAAACGAAGGAGGAGCUGUAGUGUCGAGUUAUUGGGGGAUAACGAGACCGAAGAUUUUGAAAGAAGAUGGAACGGAAUGGCCUUGGAAUUGUUUUCUGCCAUGGGAGACGUAUCAGUCAAAUGUAUCGAUAGAUCUGAGCAAGCAUCAUGUGCCUAAGACAUUUCUUGAUAAAUUUGCUUACAGGACUGUUAAGCUCCUUCGUAUUCCUACUGAUAUCUUCUUCAUGAGACGCUAUGGGUGUCGCGCUGUAAUGUUGGAGACAGUAGCUGCCGUACCUGGUAUGGUAGGAGGAAUGUUGCUACACUUAAGAUCGCUGCGCAAGUUCCAGCAGAGUGGUGGUUGGAUUAAAGCUCUGCUUGAGGAAGCAGAGAAUGAAAGGAUGCAUUUGAUGACUAUGGUGGAGCUUGUGCAGCCCAAGUGGUAUGAGAGGCUACUGGUGCUUGCUGUUCAGGGAGUAUUCUUUAAUGCAUAUUUUGUGCUUUAUCUACUCUCUCCGAAGCUGGCUCACAGAAUUACUGGCUACUUGGAGGAAGAGGCUAUACACUCGUAUACUGAGUAUUUGAAGGAUAUUAAAGAAGGUAAAAUUGAGAAUGUUGCAGCUCCUGCUAUUGCAAUUGACUACUGGAGGCUGCCAAAGGAUGCGACUCUUGAGGAUGUUAUCACUGUUAUCCGUGCUGAUGAAGCUCACCAUCGCGACGUCAACCACUUUGCUUCUGAUAUUCAUUAUCAGGGUAAGGAAUUGAGAGAAGCACCGGCCCCAAUUGGUUAUCACUGAAAGUAAGAGAAACAUCUAUUGUCCUUAAGAAUGAUUAAUAUCCAUAUGAAAAUUAAUACAAGAGUGUGAUAGUAUAAUCCCUUGCCUUGUACAUUUUAUGCCAAAAUUGUUUGUAGAUGGUGUUAUUAAUAAACAUGAAAUUUCGACGUA